AUAGGCUGCUCCUAUGUAUUUAAUGCUCCUUUCACCUCUGUCUUUUUCUCCUAAGAUUGAUUAGAUUCUGCACCACACUUAUGUACUAGACUCUCUCUCUCUCUCUCUCUCUCUUCAUAGUUAAGAAUAUUGAGGAAAGAGGGUUAGGCUCAAUUCAUAAUGUUUCCAAUCUCAAGUGAUGGGGUAAUUGAGGACCCUUGGAUAUUUUUAGAGCAAGAUGGAUUUCUGCUUGCCGAUAUUCCCAUUUUAGAUGGCAACGAACAUCCUCAAAAUAGUGUGAAAAAAAGGCCGAGAAAAGCCCCAACCUCCGCCGGAGUUGAAGAAAACAGCAGCGACUCCAAGAAGACUGCUCACAGAUUUACUGAGAAGCAGAGAAGGCAAGAAAUGACAACUCUUUAUGCUUCUCUCAGAUCCCUUCUCCCUCUUGAAUACAUCAAGGGAAAGCGCGCUGUAUCCGAUCAUAUGGACCAGGCGGCCAAUUACAUUAACGAUAUGAAGAAGAAAAUCGAAGAAAUGAAACGAAGGCGGGAGAGCUUGAGGAAUGUAGCAGGAACUGCUGCUGAAGCUCAGAAUCAAACCUCCAAUGCUACCGAUUACUGUGUUAAGAUAAAUGUAUUCACAGAUGGGGUUGAGAUCUUGAUUAGUAGUAGCCUCAAUAAAGAUUGUUUCCCUCUUUCUAUGGUGCUUUCCGAUUUGCUUAAUAGACAGCUCCAUGUAAUCAACUGCGUUUCUACAAGAGGCCAACGAUGUUACCUCCACAAAAUUCACAUUCAGCUUAAUAAUUCCACAAGCAUUGAUGUAGCCGAGUUACAAGAGAGAUUGGUGGAUUUGCUUCAACUUGCUUGACUGGCAAUGCAGCUGGAGUAUGUAGUGAGCUCCACAAACAUCUACUAGGAGCCAUAAAAUGAACUUGAGACUUUGUAAAUCUGUAUAUAUGAUCAUCAAGAUUAAUUUCUACUUUCAAAAUUGUUUGUUAUAUAUUUUAAUUUAUUGUUUCAUGA